AUGGGCACACUGCACUUCUUCCUUGGUGUUGAAGCAAUUCGCCUACCCAUAGGACUAUUUCUUUCCCAACAACGCUAUAUUGUUGAUCUUUUGCAACAUCUCCAUCUUGAGGAUGUGAAGCCCGCCCCUACUCCCAUGAACGCUUCUUGCAAAUUGUCCAAACAUUUAGGUGACCCACUUCCAAAUCCUACUGAGUACAUAUGUACAAUUGGUGCUCUUCAAUAUGAUAUAGCCUUUUGUGUUAACAAAGGUUGCCAGUUCAUGAGUGCACCCACUAUUGAACAUUGGCAAGACGUCAAGCGCAUCUUGCGCUACCUCAAGGAUGCCGUUCAUUUUGGUCUUUGUAUUACAUCGUCUCACUCUCCUCAUCUUCAUGCUUUUACAGAUGCUGACAGGGCUGGCUGCCCGGAUGAUCACAAAUCCCAAGGUGGCUACUGCAUUUUCUUUGGCAAUAACCUCAUCUCAUGGUCAUCCAAAAAGCAACAUAUUGUCUCGCGCUCCAGCACUGAAGCCGAGUACCGAAGUGUUGCUGUUGCCACCGCCGAACUGUUGUGGAUUCAAUCCCUUCUCAAAGAACUUGCCAUUCCCUCAACGGCACCCUGGUCCUUUGGUGUGACAACCUUGGUGCUACGUACCUCUCUGCCAACCAGUCCUCCAUGCCCGUACCAAGCCUGUGGAGAUCGAUGUUCAUUUUGUUCGUGA